AUGAGUGUUAAUGCUUUUGCCGAUACCCAAAAGGGAUUCUAUACAAUUUUUCCAAAAAUUGACCCUAAGGUUACGGCACAAGCUGGAGAUACUAUCCCAUUUGUGAAACUGUUGAAUGGCCAUGAAUCUGCUACAAUUGUUGCUAGAAGAUGGGAUUUAUAUAACCAAUUACACUCGCAGUUCCAUGAUCAAGUUGAUGGAAUCGUUGAGAACAUCGAAAACGACUUGAAAACAGAGAUAUCGAAUCUUGUUUUUGAUAAAAAUACUGAUGAUGAUACAUGCAAACGGAGUCAAUGUUUUAAUUCAGUAUUCCUGUUGGGAUCAGAUAGUACUAUUAAAAUUACUGCUCCACCUACUGAGGAAGAUCCAUCAGUACUAAAUGCCAUCAUAGAUAUGGAUAAAAAAGAAUGCCCCAAUGUCAGAAUGAUGCUACGAAGAGCCAUGUUCAAAUUGUUUUCUAUUGGUGAUACAGACAAGCAUAAGACAACAGGAAGUAAAGAAGAUCAGCUAAAACAAGAGGAUAAAGAAAUGAAUGAAGAUGACGGAUCAGACAGUGAUGUGGAGGACCUGGGGCAUAGAGCAGUUGACGAAGUGUCGUAUGAUUUAUCACUUGUAGCAAAUUUCAAAGACAUUUUCCAUAAAAAUCUAAAUUUGAUUUUCAACAUAAAAGAAUUAGAAUCGAUAAAUUUAAGCUCUUUAGAUUCCUUUCUUGUUCUUUUGAAAAGUACUUUAAAGUACCCACACGUUAAAAUUACAUUUAUCUUCAAUAUAAGUUCGAACUUAUCAAAUAUUGAGAAAAAUUUAAAACAAUCUACAAUUAGACUUCUGAAGAAAAAAUAUAGCGCUUUAGAUAUUUCAAGUAAUAGGGGAUUCAAGUAUGCCAAUAGAAUUUUCCAGAGUUUUCUUGACACAGUAGAAGGUAAAUUAAAUCUUUCGGAUCGAUUCAUCAAAUUUAUUCUAACAAAGAUGGCGAACAAUUCAAAUCACAACUUAAAACUAUUAACUAAAAUGCUAGAUUAUUCAUUAAUGUCAUAUUUUUAUCAAAAUCCAUUUUCAGUAUUCAUCGAUCCAAUUAAUACUGAGUUUUUAACUGACGAACAUUUUAAGAUUUUAAGGAAAUGUCCAACUUUUAUGUUUUUCAUUGAAGGGUUAAUUAAUAACCAGGCACCUCGCUCAGAAAUUUUAGGCUUAUUAAGUAAUCAAGAUUCUUCAUUAGAGGAGUUUUUCGUUGAAUUUUUGGUGAGGGAAAAUCCAAUUAACGGGCACGUCAAAUUCGUUGCUAAUAUCUUGGAAAACGAAUUAAAUAUCAAGAAUUAUAAUCUGAUAGAAUUAUAUUAUAGUUUAUUGACUGGUGAAUUAGAUUCAUACCUGGAACGUUGGCCUGCCUGUGAACAGUUUAAGAGGGAACUAAAGUUUGAGCCAAUUGAUACUAUUUUCCAAGAAUUAUUUACAUUAGAUAACAACAAUGGAUUAUUAUCACAAGCCAUUUUCCCACUUUAUAAGUCGAACAUGGAGGAUGAUUUGUUGCUAUGGGAAAGGGUACUGCCUCCGCCACACUCAUCGCUAGCAGAGGGAGAGGAAAUGACUGAAAGAGAAACUAUUGUAUCUAGUUUGGAGAAACUUGUGGGUCCAAUAACUGGUCAGUUAUUCAAAUUAUAUCGAGAAGCUAAUUCAACAAUUAAUAUUUAUGACUUUUAUCGAGCUUUUAAGUCCACCAUGCCCGAGAAGGAAAUUAUGGAUUUUGUUAUAGAAUAUUCUAAAGAUGAUGAAAGUCUAAGUCGAUUCAUUGACACAGAUGAAAGUCAUUUAGCAUUUGAAAAGAUUACAUUGAUUUUGUUUAUGCAGGCGAUUUUCGAUUUUGAUCAUAUUGGCCUAAUUAAAGAGUAUAAAUCCAAGAAUUAUAACUUCGUUGAGAAAUGUGUAUGGAGAGGCAUUUAA